AUGUCGUCCCAACCGUGUUUCGUACUGCAAGCGAACGUCGCGUCCCUGAGCUCUCACUAUCGUUACGUCCCUGGAGCUCGUACCCAUCCGCAUACUGGUGCGGGGCGUGCAAGAACUAUGCCUCCCUCUUCCUCCGCGUCAUCAUCCACCGCAUUUGUGCGCGUGCCCGUAGUUGCAUCAUCACGAUGUCUCUCCUUGUUCCGGAGACAUCCAAGGCUCCUUGACAGGAAAGCGAUCGCGCCCCAGGUUUGUCCAGCACGACCGUUUAUGACGGUAAGAGGCGACGACUUCUCGGACCAUGCCCAUGUGUUCUGGGAUGACACUGCACCCCUUGCUGACAUGUUUCCCAAUGAAAGUAGUUUGUGUCGGGAAGAGGAUCUCUCACAACCACCUUCGGGAGGCACCGGCGGCGGUGGACAGUUUGGUGGGGAUCGAGGUGACGAGGGCCAUAGUGAAUUACUUCGCAAGUUUGGUCGCGCCGAUGAAGUAUUGCCGAGUGACAUUGCUGCUCUUCCAUCGGCACAGCUUGCAGCAUAUCUUGAAGCGACGAAGAAUGGUUUUGUUCGCUGGUUAGCAAAAAUCUGGCCUGGCUGGCGCCGGAGAGUGGCUGCUGAUCCAGAGUUCCCCUUCAAAGUGCUAAUGGAGGAGACUGUCGGUUUGGGUCUUGCUGCAUCUGGCAUGAUCGCUGCGCGCGGGAAAGAUAUCCUCAAUGAGCUCGAUUUUGCAUUUUGCGACAUCGCAGUCGGGGGCACACUCAACUUCAUUCUGGUGUAUCUUCUUACACCGGCUAUCUUGGUUGGGGGCGCAUCGAAAGGUGGAGCACUGGGGCGCCUCGGACAGAUGACAUCGAAGCUACCAGCAAAUGCUUUCACGGCCGGUGCAUAUUCUGUUGGAGAAAGACUGUCGAGUUUCUUCUACAAAGGGACGCUAUUCGCUAUAUGCGGGUUUGCCGGCUCGCUAGUGGGAACAUCGCUCUCUCAGGUUCUGGUGCUAUUGCGAAGAUCCUUUUCGAGCAAGGAAGGGGGCGUCGUGGAGAAACCGCUACCGAAUGUUGCCAUCAACUCGGCCGCAUGGGCUGGGUUCAUGUUUCUGUCCGCCAAUCCAAGAUAUCAAACCGUGGCGGGAAUAGAACGAGUGCUUUUCACGUUUGCACCAGAUGCCGUCGCAAAGGCCGGGAGCGGUGCCCUACGAACGGCUAACAAUGUGGUGGGCGGUGCUAUAUGGGUGUGGUGGGCGAGAGCAAUUGGGUUGCAGGCCAAACCGGGAGAGGAGGCAACAGAGCAUGACGGAAAGCUUACAGAAUGA